GAGCCAUACAAGUUUUACUUUACUACUCGAUCAUUACUCAGAACAGAUGGGUCAAGGUCAAAUAAUAAGACCAUUCAACCAGGGGGGAGUAGCAUCCAUAUUCCAUAUCCCAUAUCCCAAAGCAAAGUCUGCAGAAGAAAGCAACGAGAGAGAGAGAGAUGGUGUUCAAUAGCCUGAUAGUGGUGUCGGUGGCACACCUGUCAGCGGAGGCAUGGCAACACGUGGCGUGCCUGCCGGAGCAUCUGAGCAGCCGGCAGCUGUUGGAUCUUGUGUGCUUCAUCCCUCUCCAGGAAUUGGGUCGCCUCACUCUUUGCCUCUGGACCUUCCUCUGCGUCCCUCCUCCCGACUCCUCCUACUUCUCCCGUUACUCCGACUCCUCCGAUCACUCUGACUCCGACUCCUCCGCCACCGUCGAUUACGAUGACCAUUACUACCACCCGCAUUCCGAUUGACUGAUCAUCUAACACUGCUCUGCUUCCUUUCACGCCCCACUGUAAAGUUACUUCUUUUUUUUUUCUUUUUUUAUGGAAUGUUGUGUUUGUGCAUGUUUACGGAUAUAUUUCUUUCUUGAUUGAUGGAUGGAUGGAUGGACUAAGCGAAUUGGUUGAACA